GUGAGCCUACAACACCCAUGCGAGCUUUCAGAACACUUCAGCUGGUAUUCCAACCCAGUUACCUUCGUCGCGUCACUUGUAUUCCACAAUUUCCACAGCGAUGCCGUACAUUUAAUUCCUCAACUCGAGCCCUCACCCGUAAAAGGACAACUGAGGCUCUUCCUUCUGUCGGCCAAAAUGCCCAAACUGUCAUCGUUCCCCCUGAAGAGCUUCUGGAUUAUGUUUCCAAUGAUCAGUUUUUUGGUUUUUAUAAACUAUCCAAGUUCCCAGAAAUGGCGUUUUUUUCAGCAUCAGCACAGCCUUGACCACCUGAUGGGCAUCGACAUUCGUGACUACCCUAGCGAGUUGCGUCUCACCUGCCUCGAGGCUGUAAUUCAAACGGCCUUCUUCUCGCAAGGACCUCCACCCGCCCACCGACGACCCCACGCUCCCCAGAAGUCCUUCGACCGAUUCACUGAGAUCACAGCUGUCUCCAUGGGCAUCGAUCCCGCCUCCACCGCGGCCAUAGCCUUCCUUCCUCCCGCGUUCCUCUUCGAGCCCGACGCCAAGUGGCUGAAAGACGAACGUCUCCAACUCAUCGCUCUGAGCACGGUCGCGGGUGCCAAGAAUUUGCCUCGACCGCGUCUCCUGGUUCUGGCGGCUUGCUUGCGGCAGCUUCCUGAGUUCGUCAACAGCAAGGCGUUGGCGUCGGUUCUCCGUCUCAUCACACACCAGAUUAACGAGUGCAGCACAACCGAGCUCGUCUACAUAGGCAGCCUGCUCUCGGGUCUGCAACGCAAGCCUGCCACGCUCGACUCGGGCGACCUAACGGUGCUGAGCGUGGAAGCGGACCUCCUGCGCGACGCCCUUCAGCAACACGUGAUGUCCCGACUGACGGAGCUCGAGUCCCUCGGUCUGCUGCCCCUCCUGCGAUUGGCUCACGACUUCGGCGCCGAUCUGACCGCCAACAAGACCGAUCGCGUGCGUUUCCUCGCCACCCUUGAGACGGUCAUCUCGACGAGACUGCGGGAGCAGAACCUCUUCACGUUGUGCCUCCUCUGCACAGCCAUGCAGCGCAUGGAGUCCUUUAGACCUGGACUUAUACGAAGGUGCCUAGGUCAGAUCCGUCGAAAGUUACACCUAACCCAGAAUUACCCAAUGACCGACCAAAGCACCUGGCUGUCCGGCUCUCUCGCAGCGCUGGCCAAUCUUGCCGUGGGCACCGGUCGUAGUGAGACGUCCAACUUUUCGAUGGAUCAUUCCUCUACGCUGGUGUGUGAGGCUGCACUGCGCCAGUCUCUUCUGGAGGAGCAGGCGCCGGCGCUGCCCCGGGUUCCUGUGGGCGGCCUCGACAUGCACGCCCUCUUCACGCCCGACUGGGUGCGUCAGCUCCUCUUCGACGUCGCCGACUACGUGGUGGAUCGAUUGAAAUGCGGCAGCGCUGAUGCCUCAUCGGCCACUCGAACAACACUUGCUCUGCUUAUGCUUGGCGUUCGGCACAAGGCGUUAAUGGCGCAGCAGAACGACGCCGUCAAGCGGUACGCCGACCUCCUGGUCGCUGAGCCAAGCAGUCUGUUACUGACAGAUGAAAAGUCCGUCUUUGAUGUCAGCACUGGCGUCAAGCCGUGCGAGUCGAAUGACUUGGUGCCUCACUUGCCACGUCCGGACUGGCAGCUGUAUCACGAAGUCACUUCCAUCUCCAAAAACCGCAGUCUGUCAAAGUUGACCCCUCGUCAGCUCGACCUGCUUCGUGCUUACGUGGCGCUGAAGAAACCCGCCGUGGAGGCCUUUAUCACGCAGUUGCUGACGCGAAUUAUUCCGGAGCACGGGAUCGAAAUUCUGCCCUUCCAUUUUGUCCAAACUGAUUCCGGAAACCACGUUUUUGCAGAUUUUAUAAUGCGAAAAAAGUCCUCAGCCGACCCGGCCAUUUCCAAGUACGCGCUGUGCUUCCUAGUCUGGAGACGCGACGAACUGGUGCCUCAACCCUUCCGAGCCCUCCUCACGUCGUAUUCGCAGACGCCCACCCUUCCAGUUGUGCCGGUACGUGUCCUUUACCCCUCGAUCGAUCGAAAGGCGUCUAGCCAGCUUGAUGUCGACGGUUGGGGCUUGUGCCACCAACGCGGUAACACAGACGCCAGCACCGUUGCCAGUCUUUGUUCCCUUCAAGGCCUUGUGGAGGAUGAUUGCGCAUCGUCUUCUACACAGGCGUUUCUGGUUCCCGUUAUCCGUGGAUACAUGCUAACUUCGUUCCCUAUCUACGACACGAUCGUCUGCGUUUUCUUGUUUUGGAAAACAUCACGAACACGUGUAGAUGUGGGUCAUGGGGUUAUUAUCGAUUAUCCCUCUCCCCCCUCUCCUACCCAGAUGGUGUACUGUGAUUGGCUCCCGACGAGCGAUUUAAACAACCGCCGGGACGACUUUAUCAAGAAGGUCGCCAUCUCGCUUGCCGACGCGCCCGGACUGGCCACGGAUCGGACGAAGGUGUAUCCUGUUUGUGAGGUCAUUGGCCGAAACGACUGA